AUGUGGCGUCUGCUACUGUUUCUCGUCCUGGGAGCGACCUCUGCCCCAGGCGCGACGCCCGAGCGCGUCAAGCAUCUGGAGGUGUCCGAAAACGCGCGACCGGGCACCAGGGUGGGUUUCAUCGACACCGACAAUCCACCGUAUCUGAUAGCGCUGGUACCGGGCUCGCCGGUGGAGACCGACCUGAUCGUCGAGCCGACGACGGGCGAGAUAAGGACACGGGUGCCGUUGGACCGUGAAAAUCGAGCGAUGUAUACCCUGGUCGCGUUGCCGAGCGUGCGGGUGGUUAUCACCGUGCUCGAUGAGAACGAUAACGUGCCCACCUUCCCCAUGGACCACGUGGACAUUGAGUUCCCGGAGAACUCGCCCCGCGACGCCAAGCGGCCGCUACCACCGGCCGAGGACCUCGACCUCGGCCAGUAUACGACGCAACGUUACGAGAUCGUGUCGGGCAACUACGGCGACGCGUUCCGGCUGUGGCAGCAGCGCGGCCGCGACGGCGUCCUGUAUCUGGAUCUGCAGAUCGCCGGCUCGCUGGACCGAGAGGUACGCUCCCACUAUCACCUGGUGAUCGAGGCUCUCGACGGCGGCACGCCACCGCUUCGCUCCCACCUGACGGUCAACGUGACCGUGCAGGACGUCAACGAUAAUCCGCCCGUCUUCAACCAGACGCGCUACGUCGCGAGCGUACCGGAGAACGCGACCGUCGGUACGCCGGUGCUCGCGGUGAACGCGACCGACGCGGACGCCGGGGACAACGGCCGCAUCGAGUACUCCAUCAAUCGCCGGCAGUCCGACCGCGAGGAGAUGUUCCGCAUCGAUUCGGAGACCGGGAUGGUUUACGUGAACAAGGCCCUCGACUUCGAGUCCAAGGAGCGUCACGAGCUGGUGAUCGUCGCCCGGGAUUGCGGUGCCCAACCGCUGGAAGCCAGCGCUUUCCUCUCCGUCCGCGUGACUGACGUCAAUGACAAUCAGCCGUCCAUCACGGUCAUCUUCCUGUCGGACGACGCGACUCCCAAGAUCAGCGAGAGCGCGCAACCCGGCGAAUUUAUCGCCCGGAUAUCCGUCAGCGAUCCCGACUCC